GAAAGCCCAAUAGUGGCUUCCCUUCUGCCACAUGUCGAUGAAUUCCUAAGCAACAGCGUCUCCAGGCAUUAGUGAGAGAAGCAGAGAAAUGGAACUCCCAUGUGUGAGUCCAUCCUCAAAAUUCUCCAUUCUAAAUCCAACGCCACCACCCGCAACCCAUUUCAUCUCCUCAACCGUCCCUGCUUCCCAAGCUGCACCACUCUUUCCAGUAAAACCCCACUAUAAUGCUGCCCACAAAAACUCCAACAGCAUUCCCACCAUGUCUGAGAUCAUGGACUCAUCCAGAGCCCAGAACCUCAACCUUCAGCUGCAAACGCUUGGACCCUUUUUCAGAAUCACUGCCAAGAGCUUGGAAACUCAGGGAGAGCUUGGGAGAGCUGAGGGGCUGAUAAGGUUGUGGUUGGGAGGCAGAAUUCUUCACUUGGAUUCGAUUAGAUUAAGAAGAGAGACUCUGGGCAUGGAGAAGUCAAUCUUUGGUAUUGGGUUGUUUAUUGGAGCUGUUGCAAUCCGGUAUGGCUAUGACUCUGGUUGCAGAACAGCUGAGUUGCUUGCCAUCAAUGACUCUGACCUUUACCAUUCCAAGCUUGUUAGGUUCUACACGAGAAUUGGGUUCAAGGCUGUGCACGAAGUGACUGGUUCUUCAAUGGGAGACCUUGCCCACAUGUUGGUCUGGGGAGGCAUUGGAACACGGAUGGAUGCCAAUAUCGAUGAGCUUCUAGUGAGAUGGUGCAAAAGCCAUAAUACUGACUUAGUAUGGUCCCUUUGAACUGCAUUCCCAAAUACAUCUACGUGAACUAAGAGAUUCUACACUUCAAGUGGUUCAUCUUAGUUAUUUAACUCUCAGAUAAACAUGUGAGUGCUCAACCCUCUGAGCUUCAUUCCCUUCCAAAUAUAUUUUGGUGGACUGACAAAAUAUGUGCCUGAAUGUAUCAGCUAUAGGAUUCUUGCCUUUCUGGUUAUCCUUUAAUGCAUAAAAUAUUAGUCCAUGAUUAUUUUUCCUUAUUUCCUUAUUUCCUUAUUUCCUUAUACAAUCUAAGUCUUAUUUGGACAAACUAGUUCACAAACAAGUAACAAGGCUAGUACCUUGAGGGAAAUGUAAUCCAGAAAUUUUAAUGGUGUUGGAUUCUUCA